CAGCCCCAGAGGUGUCUGACAACCUUCAGCACAGCCACAGGCGACGCUUCUGUGAUGCCACCCUUCUCCAACUAUUCACCACUCUGAAUUCUCUUAAUUUGGAAAGUGCCUGAUUUACUUUUUGCGCAACAAUCUUGAACACCAUCAUUUUAGUACCAAGGAGAGAGAGAGAGUACCGGGGCGCUCGGUGCGCUUUUACGCAUGGAAGUUGGGAUCAGCCUCGGCACCUUUACGCAUGGCUGUGGCUCGUCUCCUCGGAGGAUGCUGCCGGGCUUAUGAGCAGCGGAGUGAAGAGUGAGCCACGAUGCGGGGCACGGAGCUGCUGCUCGGCUACUUUCUGGUGAAAGUGAUGGUGUGCGACAGCGAGGACUUCAUGAUCAUGACCGCGUUCAACGAGUCCAAGGAAGCGGACCGCGCGGUGACGGAGAGCCCGCCGGUGGAGGACAAGUGCCGGGGCUACUACGACGUGAUGGGCCAGUGGGACCCUCCGUUCGUGUGCAUGACCGGCAGCUACCUGUACUGCUGCGGAACCUGUGGCUUCAGGUUCUGCUGCGCGUUCAGGAGCUCCAGGCUGGACCAGACCACCUGUAAGAACUACGACACCCCGCCGUGGAUGAUGACGGGAAAACCUCCGCCCAAAGUGGACGUGGCGCUGGAGUCCGCCAAGGAUAAGACCAACCUCAUCGUGUAUGUCAUCUGCGGGGUCGUGGCCAUCAUGGCACUGAUAGGGAUCUUCACCAAGCUCGGGCUGGAGAAGACGCACCGGCCGCACGGAGAGAACAUGUCCAGGUCUCUUGCGCACGUGAUCCGCCACCCGGCCUCAGAACACACGGACGACAUCGGACUCAGCCAUCUCUACGAGAACAUACAAACCAGAGUCACAGUUAACAGUCUCCAUAGCAGCCAGCUGAACAACAUUGUCAAAACGUCGACUCUGAUAGCGCAGCCUUACCCGGCAGUGGGACCGGUCGCCAGCCCCUAUGAACAACAGAAGCCUGUCAAGGAUCUCAACAAGUACGCCACGCUCAAGGCUGUGGCAGAGAAAGCCAACGACAGCUACUACAGCAACCGUCGGCAGCUGAUGGAGAUGGCCACCAAGGGCGGCCUUCCUAUGGAAGCUAUGGAUAUGGAGCCAGAACCGAGUAAUCCUUACAGCCCACCCAGACAGCCGUCCUCCAAGCACAGUGAACACAAAUACAAAAGCCCCAAGGGCCACAGCUCCCAGUCCCUGUGCUACAGCUCCAGCACUGUGGCCAGCCCAGUGGUGCUAACGUCCUGGGACAGCAAGGACACGCUGGGACUGAGACACAGCUACGGCCCAACCAAACUCUGCAUCGUGGAGAAGGAGCUGCACACCACCCGCUACAUGCCCCCCCAACCAUACUUUGUCACCAACAGCAAGACAGAGGUGACGGUAUGAAGGACUGUUUGAACAUCAGGCUUCAGAGGAGUCUGUGAAGUACGGUAACUGCUGACUGAGUGCAGGUUCGCAAGACAGCAGCAUAGACUUCUGUCUGUCUGUGCAGUUGUGCUUGUAAUGAGGUGCAUUUCAGAUGCCACCUAGAGGUGAAGUGAUCUCUAACAGGACUCGGUAGCGACCACCGGGCCCCAGGAAGACACAGUGAUUCAUAUAUUGUCAUCAAUAUUCAUAUAAUCCAAGUGCUAAUACAAACCACAACAGCUAAAUGUAUCAUUUAUAUCAGUGAUGAGGCAUGCAACACCUACUGAGCAGCUGUCAAUAAUCACUAAGAUAUAAAAAGAAUCUGUUAUUAUAUCAUGUCAUGUCUAAAUGAGAAAAACCUUUCAUGUUCACUGUAUUAAAUCUAGUUGUCUUCGGUUGAUUGGGUAUUGAAUCAUGAAAAGGUUUAUUAACCUUGUUAAUACUAUUUAGAAAUAGGCUGUAACAGAUUACGAUUAAAGAGUGGAAAUUAAUCCUAAAAAAACCACCUGAAUAAAUCAAAUCAGACAAAAUUACAUUUAUUUUAUCGACUUAUCUGAAAUGAAAAGAUCCAGUUGUCUUCAGUGUACGACGUGAGAAUGUGAAUGAGUUCAGAAAACUGUUAAAUGAGGAUUAGAUAACAUUAUGGUAGAAUGGUUUUUAACUGUAUUAUCCUCACACACUUACCGUUACUGUGCUGCCAAUAAGAGCCCUCUCAAAAGAUAACGAACAUUGUUAUUGUUAUUCAGAAAGUAUAAGAAGACCACCAACAUAGCCAGUUAUCCAUGCCCAAGUGAUGGCUCGGACAAUUACUGACUUGCAUAAAAGGUGAAAAAGAGACUUACAUCUUUCAAAAAGUAUUAUUCAGGAACAUUAAGACAAUAUAGACAUUUCAGUCUGUGAUGACGUUUACUUAUCGUCGUCUGGAGAUCCAGUUAAAUUGUGUGAACGUAUCGUCACUGUAGAUGUUUUGUGUUGAAGCGAAACAAAGUCACUGUCAACAGACGUCCUAUGCAUUCCCAUGACAACUAUAGGAGAAGUAGCUGCAGAGUGUUGAACCAGUGUUGUGUUGGUGUAAUAGUGCCUCUCAUCAGUACCAGCAUGUGAGUGAUUAACCUAGAAUUUACUGUGGAGGAAGCCCCAGUCUUAGAAUGGUGAUUGGUCUUAGUCAUGAGUCCUACA